UGAUAUAUGUCAAAUCGUCAGGUUAUCAUCUGAAUGCCAGAUUAACAAAUAAAAACAAAUCGAAACGAAAAUACUGAAAAAGUGGAAAAUAGGUUUUCAGCUAGUUAUUAUAUCUUGUUGGGACCUGUAUGAGAAUGGAAGAAUCUCCACCCUUCAAACCCCCUAGAGGGGUAAAACCAAUCAAAGAAACCAGAGUUCUUAUGUCUGUCAUCAGAAGUCUUACUGCUAGUGAAACCGAUGAACAAAGAGACAGAGAAAAAGCAAAUUUAGAAAUGCAAUAUAGACUUUGUGACCAAAAAUUAGAUGAAUUGGUAUCAAAACAUGAAGAUGACCUGACGUUAGUCAUGCAAAUGUUUGGAAAUAUAUCGCAAUCUGUUAAUGAGAAUAGAGUUAGGAUUAAAAAAAUUAAAGAAAGUUUGAUAGAAUGUAGAAAAGUUUUGGGAUAUAGGAAAGAGAGAAUCAGAAAUUUAUGGCGAGAUCGGCUAGAAUACAAGUAUAUUUUGGAUAUGAUGGCUGAAAAUAAAGGAAACUCAUAAAGAGUUGGAUAUUUCGAAGAUAUAUUAUAAACUUUGAGUACAUAAAGUUUGGAUAUUUAAUAAUUGAUUUAUAUAUACUGAUUGUAUAGAUAUCUAUUUUCACCUAUAAUUAAAUAUUUUUUCUUGUUGAAA